AUGGCCGAAUUCGACGAGGUAAGCUUUACUGUAGGCUCGCUCUCGGUGCUUGCAUUGAACUUUACGACAAAUCGCACAGAACUCGAAUCGCUUUUCAGAAUGCGCGUGUAGUUUUUUCGCUCUCUUCAGAAUAUAAAAUUAGAUUCCGUCGCCCUCCUCUCGCUUCUUCUUCUUCUUCUUUCUCCCUCUUUUCAUCCGUCUUGUCACCAACACCUCGUCCCACUCGCAUUUCACACUUUCCCCCCCAAAUCUUGUUAUACUUUUCACUUUCACUCCGUGAGCACUCUUUUCUAAGCAAAAAAAAAAACAUAUUUUUUCUUUUCUAUUCUCAAAUUUGAACGAAAAGCGCGAAAACUUGAACUUUGCAUUUUUCGAACCGAUUCCUCUUCGUUUCGCGCCCUCCCGUCCGCUCUUUUCCCUUUUUCAUAUACAAAUCUGUGCGCCGGCGCCCUCUUUUUGUUCUUUUUUUCCCUCUUUUAGACGCCUCUGACGUCAUCGUCGUCUUGCUCUUUCCGUCCUUUUCCGCCGUCUCCUGAAUGGCUUCUUCCUCGCUUUUUUCGGGCCAAGAACUUCCAUUUCGUGUGUGUGUGUGUGUAAGUGUGCGUGCUAAAAGGUCUGAAAACUGAAAACUAAUUUCCACUAAUUUCUUGCCGACACACACAAAUUGGCAUGAAAUAUCAGCUGCUUCUUCUUCUUCUUCUUCUUCUUCUUCUUCUUCUCUUUCUCUGUCUUUCUCUUUUAAUCCUCAAACUUUUCCGGUUUUCCCUUUUUGAGAGCAUGUAAUUCGACCUUCCGCUUUCCAUAUUUUCUCAUUUUGAUCCCCCGAGUGCCUCUGGAAAUUUGACUCCAAUUCCUUUCCGAAAAGACGGCUUACGCACAAAUUACUACUUUUCCGCGUGUUAUAUGGAAAUGUUGUGCAUCACCUUGAAGAAGGCCUACUUUCAACGGAUAUUGUAGGUCUGACGAAAGUGCAGAGAACCUUCAAAUUUGUUUUCCGAAAUCUUCACGUCUAGUACUAUGUUUUUGUUCUUGACAACUUUUUUCUAGGACCACUCUCCGGAGUACGGUGGCUCUUGGAAGUUGGCAAACACCUUGAGCGACUUCAAACUUCCACGAGCUACAGUACUCCGGGAAGUGGUCGUAGAAAAAAGUGAUCAACUACAAAAACAAAGUACUAGACAUGAAGAUUUCACAGAAAAUUAUCUGACACCCUGGCACUUUCCUCAGACCUACAAUAUUCGUUCAAAGUAUCUCCGCACGUUCAUCUGAAAUUGAUUGUUCCACAAUAGCUCUUUUUGUGCUUUCUCGGCACCCGAAAAUGAUGAAUCCAUUGUUUUGACUCUUGGUCCUUUUCCGUCCGUUUACCCCCCAUUUGUUGCGCACAUUUGCGAAUCCAUUUGGCUCCUUAAACCAUUGUGUGUCCAUGUAUGCUUCCUCUCUCUCUCUCUCUCUCCCCCUCUCUUCCCAAAUUAUGCACAAAUUGUAUGUGAAUGUGAGUGUCUUUCUCUCUCUCUCUCUCUCUCUCUCUCUCUCUUUCUUGCAAUUUGUGCCCCUUUUCCUCCGCCUAUUCAAUUCAAUUUGCCGCCCGUCUCUUCUUCAGAAGACGUUCCGCCGACCCCCCAAACAUUUCUUCCUCCUGCUCACUCUUGAUGACUUCAACGCGAAUUCUCCACGUUUUUACGUUUUUUGGCUGAAAAAUGCGAAAGAAUGCGCUUACUGUAGUUUAAAGGCGCAUAACUUGCAAAAAUUUUGCGCGCUUUCGCUCGGCUGCUAGCAUAAAACUCUCAAAUUGAGCGAUAGAGCGCGCCAAAGUGUCGGAAACCAGAAAACAUUCAACAUUUGUGGACGUUAUUGAUUUUUAGCAGACUUUGUCUGGUCUUCCGACACUUUUUCACGAUAACGUUAAAAAUAAGCGCUUCCGAUGCAUUUUUCGAACAAAUUCGACGUCCGCUGGUCUUGCAAAAUUUACAAAAUUAGCAAUAGAGCGCGAUCGUCUCAUUUCUCACGGAAUACUGACGAGUUUUCAAUCAAUUUAAAGGCGCACACCCCCAGAACAGCAUAUUUUCGCUUUAAAACGAAUCGCGCUUUCGGAUAAAUAGGGAUAAAAUAGCGAGUUGUCAUUUAAUCUACUCGAUCAUCUUUUCUCUCUCUCUUUCUCUCCCUCUUCUUCUUCUUCUUCUUCUUCUUACAACUUUUAUGGAAAUUUGUGCACGGCUGAGUGGCGUUCUCCCGGCCCUCGGGGACUUGUUUUGUGCCUCCGCGCUCCUUGUUUGUCUCGGCUUUUUCUCCUGAGAAAGAAGAAAAAUAGAGGUCGGAAGUUUUCCCUUUUUUCGCCCAACACGAAAAUCUAUUUCCAUUCCCAUUUUCGUUUUCAUCGGAACCUUUCAAAUGUGUUUUUGAAAUGCAACGCCCCAAAUGCAUUGCACUUUACGCGAGAGUGCACACAAGUGCGCUGCACUUUUGUCUCACGACAAAUUGCACAAAUUAGGCAGAAUGAGCAGAAAACAAGAAGAAACCAAUUUGUUUUCUCGAGCGCCCGAAUAAUCAGAGCCCAUUCCGUCAUGCUCCAUUGAUUUUCAUCGAUUUUUUUGUUUUCAGUUGAAAUACCAAACGGGCUUCGGAAACGAGCACGCAUCCGCCGAUUCGCGUGUGCCCGAUGCACUUCCCGUCGGACAAAACUCGCCGCAGGUAUGUCUUAUCACUGCCUCCGCGCCCCGGUGCCAGCCGUGCUUCCGUGGCGCAAUAGGCAGCGCGUUCGGCUGUUAACCGAAAGGUUGGUGGUUCGAGCCCACCCGGGAGCGAAACGUUUUUGCUGAAAUAAAUUCUUCACUUCAGAAGUGCGCUCACGGGCUCUAUGCGGAGCAGCUCAGCGGAACCGCGUUCACGGCUCCACGAGCCCAAAACCAGCGUUCGUGGCUGUACCGCAUCCGUCCGUCGGUCAUUCAUCAUCCGUUCGAAGCGUUGAAACCGAGCGGCGACAAAUGGACGAACAACUUUUCGAGCUUCCCGCCAAACCCGAACCAAUAUCGCUGGAACCCAUUCCCAUUGCCGACCAAGGACGGCGUGACGUUCCUGGACAACCUGUACACGGUGUGCGGGGGCGGAGAUGUCGUCAGCCGCACCGGACUGGCCAUCCAUCAGUUCUCGUGCAACGCCAGCAUGCAGAACACAGCCUUGUACAACUCGGACGGCGAUUUAUUGAUUGGUGGGUUCACCGAAUUACAAAACGAGUUAUUAAACCAAAAAGUUUGCAGUCCCCCAACAAGGAGCCCUGGAGAUCACCACCGAGUUCGGCCGUCUCCUCGUCAGUCCCCAGGAGAUCGUGGUCAUUCCCCAAGGCAUCCGCUUCUCAGUGGCGGUCCGUGGUCCCUCCCGUGGCUACAUCCUUGAGGUCUACGGCACGCACUUCCAACUGCCCGACCUCGGACCGAUCGGCGCCAACGGUCUCGCGAAUCCACGCGACUUCGAAGCGCCCGUCGCCUGGUUCGAGGAUCUGGACGUGGAGUUUACGAUUGUGAACAAGUACCAGGGCUCGUGGUUCCACGCGAAACAGGCCCAUUCUCCGUUCGACGUCGUCGCCUGGCACGGGAACUAUGUUCCGUACAAGUACGACCUGCGCAAGUUUAUGGUCAUCAACACGGUCUCGUUCGACCAUUGUGACCCGUCGAUCUUCACAGUGCUCACUGCGCCGUCCGUGAAACACGGCACCGCCAUCGCCGAUUUCGUGAUCUUCCCUCCGCGAUGGGGAUGCGCCGACAACACUUUCCGGCCGCCGUACUACCACCGCAACUGCAUGUCCGAGUACAUGGGCCUCAUCACGGGAUGCUACGAGGCGAAGGAGGGAGGAUUCAAGCCGGGCGGCGGAUCGCUCCACUCCAUGAUGACCCCCCACGGCCCCGAUUUCGCCUGUUUCGAAGCGGCCUCCAAUGCGGAGCUGAAGCCGCAGCGAGUCGCCGAAGGGACUAUGGUAAGCUGGGCACGUAUACCGUAAUCCCGGAUGUGUUGUUUGUUUUCAGUCGUUCAUGUUCGAGAGCUCGCUGAACAUGGUUAUCACUGGAUGGGCGGUCGGGGAGAACGUCGACAAGAACUACUACAAGGACUGGCAACCGCUCAAGAAACAUUUCGUGCUUCCCAAAUAG